AUGGUUGUUGUUUAUGACGAUUAUGCAAUGACGAUGGCGAUAAUUUUGGAUAAUUCUCAAUAUUUGCUUGCCCUGUCAAGUUGCAAAAAUGCAAACCAUAAUGUUUUUGUUUCAAAUGCCACUGAUCCAUGUGACCAAGAUGAUUGGGAGCACUACUCCAAACUAACUAAUGAAACUGGAGAAAAAGUUCAGAUUGUGGGAGAUGAUCUCUUGGUCACCAAUCCAAAAGUAGAAUUGGCAUUUCUAUGGUUGAGAAGGUUAUCAAAUAAAAACUUUCAAUGCCAUUCUUCUCAAGGUAUUACUGGAUUAAUCAAAUUGGAUUUGUUACUGAAAGCAUUAAAGCUGUCAAAAUGUCCAAGAAAGCUGGAUGAGGUUGGUGAAACCGAUUAUACAUUUAUUGCUGAUCUUUCAGUGGGUUUCGCUACAACAAUAACAUAUCUGCUUCUGCGUAUUAAAGAGGAGCUCGGUAUAGAUGCAGUUUAUGCCAGAUUCGACUUACGUGCUCCUGUUGAACCCUAUUAA